AUGGUGCUGAUCUUUGGACAACCAGUGGUCUCACCGAACUACAGUAACCGAACUGCAACAAUUUCUUUUUGUAGUGGUUAUUGUUUUAGUAUGGAUACUUGUGUAGCUGUCUACGUGGAAAAGGGCUCUAAAAACUGCCAGGUGUUCAGUUUGGGGCAAUUAAAAAGGCUGAGAGAAAGAGAAAGCAGUACUGAGCUCAAAAUCGCUGUAAAAAUGGAGUUUACCGCAAAUACGUGCUCAAAAACAGCAACAGCAAAUACUAUGAAGAACUCCGUGGCAACUGACACAAGCUAUUUGGAGUAUACAAUGACCGUAAAUUCAGAAAGUCAAUGGAUUUUUACAACGACAAUUACUCUGAACUGUCCGGUCGGUUACCGACUUUUCAAAAGACCGAAAGGAUUUUGGUGUAUUGGGGUAACAUCAGUAAAUCAAUGCAUAACUCAAGUGGAUAGUGUGGCAAAAUGCAAAGCUUCAGAACCUAGUGCUAUUUUGAGCGGACUUCAGAGUAUGGAGGAGACUAAUUAUGUUUAUGGUAUUGGCCAGCCACUUCUGAAAAAGGACUCCGGGUACUAUAGAUAUGGGUAUUGGGUGAACGGAGAGCGAAAAUCAUCUUGUAUGCCUCCAGCUAAGAAAAGUGCAUCAUGUAAUAGUACAAAUGAAUUUUCCUACACGGAUCCGCUGCUCAGUGCAUAUGCUGGCUAUCAAUUUGCACCGCCUGACCAGCCAGAUGGUCUUACAACUCAAGAUCAAUUUGCAAAAUGCUUAAAUUUGUUGAUUGGGAAUACUGUUCUAGUUGGAAUCGAUGAUAAUGGAUGCAACAUGUCAACCGCAGGGCUGGUACCCACAAAUAUAUGCUACAAAGGAUACGUCUGCGGAGUGAAGCCCACUAGUCUAAAUUCAACAUUUUAA